GACAGAAGAAAUGGCUGCGAAUACAGCAGGCCCCUCUCCAUCAUCUGAGAUCAACUUGAUUCGACCUGUUGCUUGCAAAGAUGUCGAGGUCGCCGCACAUAUUGCUCCAAAGAGCAGCCUAUUUGUGCAAGUUGUAGAGAAGGCAACCACGAGUGUGUUUACGAGUCUGGUCGUAAGAUUGUGGUCUCAGAAGGUGAGGCUUGUCAAUCAAGGCUCACUUAAAGCCUAUCUGCGAGACCUUGAAGCCAAGUUGAAGUCGUAUGAGGUGAAUUCAACAGCUGCAGCUCCCCGACCUACAUCUGUCAGCAGAAAGAACGACCCGGAGCUCGAUGUGAACCCUCUUAUGGACAACUUUGCCAAUCUUGUCAUAAGUCCAUCCGGGAAACACCACUAUCUAGGAAGCUCUUCAUCAACAAUCCUUGGCAGGAGAUUCCGAGACAUCGUGGGCAUAACCAAUUCCGGACUAGACCUUGAUCAAGAGUACUCGACCUACAACCACUCAGCUCUCCGUCUGCGGCGGCUUUCGGUGGUUGACAAUGUCAUGCUACCCCCUGCUGCGUUCGCCAAACGCCUCUACAUUGCUCAACAUUCAUAUAUUGGGACAAUCUUUGCGUUCUGCACUCCAGAUAUGUUCGAGGAACAACUUCAACAAGCAUAUCGAGGACCUCCAGACCUCAACGAUAGGGAAGCCUGCCUUGCAUAUUGUCAAACACUCCUGGUACUGGCGUUUGGUCAGCUAUAUUCUGUCAACCAAUGGUCUGGCUUUGACGGCCCUCCAGGAUUCGACUUCUUUACUCAAGCUCUGCAGUAUCUACCAGACAUGUAUGAAGAAGGUUCUGUCCUGUUUGUGGGCGUAUUAGCUCUGAUCGGAUACUUCUUGCAGAAUCUCAAUCGCCGCGAUGCUGCCUUUCUGUACGUAGGUACUGCUUUGAGGAUGGCCAUCUCUCUUGCUCUACACCAAGAAGUACCAGACCCUCGGCUCGAUGAAGCAAGCAAAGAGCAACGUCGUCGCAUCUGGUGGAGUGUUUAUUCAUUGGACAGGAUACUGUGCGUCAAAUCCGGUAAUCCCUUGACUAUCGACGAUCAAGACAUUGCUGUAAAGCUUCCAAAUAGACUGAGUCAUGAACCCGAAUACUGCCCUGCAGUGUGUUUACGACAUUAUACGCAACUAUCACGAAUCCUUGGACGAAUCAUGAAAACCAUAUACAGAAGAACGCCCAAGACCGGCUCGACACUCAUUGCCUCUGUUUCAGAGAUCAUGACCGACCUCUCCACAUGGCACCGCGACUUACCUAACGAGCUCCGUUUUGAUCCUGCGAAGCUUAACGUAUCUCGAGAGUCUGUUUCGACAUUCUUACACUAUCAUCAAUGCAUCAACCUUACGGCUCGACCCCUCCUAUUCCAUGUAGUGGAGAAGCGUUUGCAUGGCAACGCUGACGAUCUCGGCAAAGACUGGAAAGAUGGUCUGUCUCCUACAACCAUUGCUGUAAUAGACAUG